AAAAAAAAUAUAAAUCACUGCGUCUUUGUGGUUUGUUUGAUAUCAAUAUAUAACUUUCAUAAAUAUUGUUAUUUUUAUAAGUGGUUUUAUUUUUUCUACACAAAAAUGUCUUCAGAAUCUUCAGAAGAAGAAACUAAAACCGAGUAUAUCUAUGUAGCGCCUGUUGAAGAGAGCUCCGAGGAGCCUCCUAUGGACGAAUGGUCUUCACUGGUGAUGGAACUUCCGGAGGAAAAUCGUAAACGGAUUCUAUACGAAGACGGUUUAUAUGAUCCAGGCAGUGGAGAAAUAUGUACUAAAUAUGCAUCUAUGUCAGCCAGCUCUGUUCUUAGGCAUCCUUAUUUUAAUUACCCGGGUGUUCUUGAUCCUGGUAUCAAAGAAGCUUUAUUAACACCAGAGAAAAAGAUUGAAUAUCCAGAUGACGGCCAAGCACUAUAUUUGGCAACCUGUAAAGAAAUGAAACAAUGCCCUGUGAUGAAAUUUCAUAGAGAGUUACUCACUGAUCAAAUAGACUUGAAGUAUUACUGUAUACAACCUUUUGGUGUUCGUGCGAUGGCCAUGGCACUAAGCUACAACCAAAACGUGACCACCUUUGAUCUAACUGAUAACUUUUUGAACGAUGAUGCUUGCUUUCAUUUGGGAGAAAUGCUUAAAAGCAACUCUACAUUGAGAGAAUUAAUUUUAUCGGGGUGUAAAGUUGGGCCAAAGGGAGUCAAAUUAUUGUUUGCUGGAUUGCAGCUCAAUACAGAUCUUCGAGCUUUGAAUUUGAACAAAAAUGCAAUUGGAGACAUAGGUGUGGAACAUUUAGCAUCUGCAAUACUCCGUGGCAUUCAUGUGAAAGAAAUAUAUCUAAGCUACAAUAAUAUUAGCGGUAAAUCAGCUAACAUUUUAGCUGAAUCUCUUGAAACUCAUAAUAAAUUAACAAUAUUGGAUCUUUCUUGGAAUAAUCUUUAUGCGCCUUUAGUAGGAACAGUUAAUUUAUUAAACAGAUUAGCAGAGAGUAAAGUUUUACAGGAGCUAUAUUUGUCUUGGAACUCUCUAGCAAGUAGUCGAAUUGGAACUGCAAUAAAAUCAAUUUUUAAAGUUCCUAGCUUACGUGUGUUAGACCUUAGUAACAAUAUGUUAUCGGGCGAAGGCGUUCAGAAUUUCAUCGGGCUCAUGGCGAAACCUAAAAAAAUGGAAACGUUGAAUUUGUCUUAUAACCCAUUAACGCGAGAGGAUGCAUUAAAAGUCCUUCAAAAAAUGAAACUUAAUACAGUAAAAAUUAAAAAUCUUUUACUAGAUGGAGUAUUAGUAGAUGGAGCAUUUUUAAUGCUUCUUGACCAGAUUAAAGGCAUGAAGUCGAAAUUGAACACUGUUAUAACAUACGGAGGAGUUAGUGGUGAUUUUCAAGCUCAUGGACCAGAUCCGAGAGAUUUAAUUCUUAAUCGCGUUGAAUUCCUGACAAUGAAAGGUAAGAAAAGGAAGGUUGAUGUAGCUCUUGUGAUACUGCAAAUGGAAAAGGACAAUAUAAACAUUAUGAAUUCGAAAGCUUUCGAAGAUGCGUUAACUGCAACAGGAGCGCCUCUGGAUAGUGAUCUUAUUAAUGAAAUGGUUGAUGCUUUUCCUGGUCCGAAGAGUGCUAAGUUUAAGACUAUAAAUAUCAAUCUUGUAGCUGAUUUUAUUCGGAGGAAAUGGCCAGAUCGUAAACUGCCGGAGACACCGCCUCCCGAGCCUGAACCAGAGCCUUUACCGCCAGAACCUUCUAAACCACCGAAGAAAGGGAAAACGAAAGGCAAAAAAUAAUUUACUUGUCUCUUCUUUAUAUUAUUUUUAUUUUAUUUUGAUUCGUAAGAUUUUCUGUAUUGCUAUUUUGAUACACUACUUUCUGUAGUCAGUAUUUCAUGUUUUUA